CCUUUUAACUUCUCAGGUCCCUAGUUUGGGAACAUAUGCCCUAACAAAGGAUCACGAGAACGAUUUGGGAGAUCUACAGAGAAGUCGCGUCACUGCGCCCCCAUUUAAUGUUGCUGAUGACUACAUUAGUUUUUAUAGCAGCGUAACCUUCUAUAUAACAACGAUGAACAACAGGAUUAUUUGAAGAAAACUCUUUCAGCUACCUUCCAAUGUCUCAUACCUUUCUCUUUAGAACCUUCAGUCACUAGCUAACCAGCGAACUCCAGGUGAAUUCACGUGACAGCGACUUCCGCUAACAACAUUUUAAUAUGGCAUUUCUUGGUGAGGAGCAGUUCAGUGCCUUGCAACUGCUAUUAAAGGCUCCGUCUAAAGAUGCAGUGCGGCAGAUAUGCACAGAGAGUUACCCAGCUGCAGCGCUUAAGUCUCAGUCUUUAGUAGAAAACAAUGCAAAAUUGCUGUCCGUGACCAAUGAUGAAGCUGUUCAGGUUCUGACAGCUUUUCACAAUCUUUCCCAUCAUGUUGUGUACCAUGACCUAAACUCUUCUGAUCAAAUCCUGCCUGUUUUCCCAGAAUCAUUCCACUCAAAUCUAAAGAAUCUGAUAGCCAAAAUUAUCCUGGAGAACAGUGUCACUUGGAGAAAUGAAGCCUUAUCCAGUCAAAUUUCAUUGCCAAAGCUGGUGGAUAUACAGUGGCGAGUGGAUAUGAAGACAGCAUCAGACUCUUUAAGUCGUAUGGCUGUGCCAACCUGUCUGCUACAAAUGAAACUUGAAGACACUCCAUGCAUCGUUGGUAGUCCAAAUGAGUCCACAGUUACAGUGGAGCUGAGUAAAGAGACAUUGGACACUAUGAUAGAUGGCUUGGGACGCAUAAGGGACCAGCUGACUGCGGUGGCAAGGAAGUAGGGCAGGAGAGAAGAUCUUGCACACAUUUGUUUAUGGAAUGUUAAAAGUAAAUGAAGAAUGCAGAAGAUGCAAAAGAUAAAGAACUGUAAACCAUUAUCUAGUUCAGCUUGCAAUAUGUUUGCUCAUGUUGUUUCAUGUACAGAAACUUGUCAUAUAAAAAUGCUUUUUACAAAUGA